UAAAUGAUAUUCUGAAUCUGAUGUUUAAUUGUAUUUCAGUGAUGGAAUCUUAAAUACGUAAGUGGAGGCAAUACCAUCUUAGAACAGAUUCACCAGUAACGGAAAAUAAAGUUGAUGCCCUCACACCAGCAGCUUUACUCAUGGAUUCUGAGCAAGAGAGUGAAGGAAGACGAGAUUUAGAUGAAAGUGAAUCAGGGUCGUCUAAAAGUUCAGAAUAUUCCCAUUCCGUCUCGUCUUCUUCAUCAGACUCUUCUUCAGAUGAUUACAUCCAAGUGGACCCGAAAAUAAUAUUCAACUCUGUCUCAUCAGGCAUAGCAUCUUCCAAAUCUCAGCCCGAUGCAAAACUUCUAUCUCAAAAUGUUGAAUCCUCGAAAAUGUCUUCAAGUUCCACCUCACAGGUUUCGGAUGUCACUCAUGAAUCUGCAUUCUCGACCAUGUCAACCACACAAUCUCCUUCUAUACAAGUGAUGGAUCGGGAGGCAGGUUUUGAUCCGGAUAGAAUUCCCUCAUCUAUUUUUGGAAGUAAGGAUUCAUCCUCUAAGGGAUGGAGCACUGCCUCUAACGAAUCAUUGUUCAGUAUCCACACUGCUGGAAAUGGUAGUACAAGGGAUGAUAAUCUGACGACUGAUGGAGAUUUCAAACAGUCCAAGAAACGAGACAACUUUACAGAAGUACCAACAAACAAAGAAAUUAAUAAGGCUGGGGAGCUAACUAGGUUUAGGCAGACUUUGCCACUUGCAAAAGGAGGAGGAAAUAAGAAAAAGAUCUUCGAGAAAGAAGGGAAAGUAGAUGUUGUAAACAAACUGUUAGCAACAGGAAGUUCAGAUGAAGCAACAAAGAGAGUAGUCCGUUUUAGAGAAGAAAUAAAAGUAGGAGAGAAGAAGAAUCAUUCUACUGCUAUUGGCCUCUCUGGUGGAAACGUAUGCUUUGGGGACGCUUGCACUGUCGUUCGCCAUUCUGAUGGGAAUGACACGUGUUCGGCCAUUCCAAUAAAAAAGAAGUCUUCUAGGUGGCCGUGCUGUUAUUGUAGUAGCUGGUCUUGCUGCUCAAGUUGGCCAAGCUGCUCAUUGAAGUGCUCGGGUUGCUCUUGUAAAUGGUUAAGCUGCUCAAUUUUCUCUUGUAAGUGGCUAAGUUGCUCAUGUUGCUCUUUUAAGUGGCUAAGUUGCUCAAGUUGCUCUUGUAAGUGGUUAAGCUGCUCAAGUUGCUCUUGUAAGUGGUUAAGCUGCUCAAGCUGUUCUUGUAAGUGGCCAAGCUGCUCAGGUUGUUCUUGUAAGCUGUUAAGCUGUGCAGGCUGCCACUGUAAGUGGCCAAGCAUGCCUUUUGGCUGUUGCAAAUGGCCCUGUGGCUUUGGUGGUUGCUGCAAAUGGCCGAGCUGCCACUGAAAUUGUUUAACUUCGCUACGCUGCUGCUGCUAAUGUUGUAGCUGGCAUAGCAAUUGUAUGUGCAUGACCUGGCAAAGUUCUAUGCGCGACAGUACUGCACUGUAGCUGGCCAUUCUGCUUUGUGAGAUCUAUGAAUGAUCUGAUCUUGCCAGUUUGAUGGAAGAAGAUCUAUGUAUGUGGAAAAGGAUAGCCAGAGUACCAGCGUGCCAUCGAGCUCCUUCGAGGCUUCUAAGGAGCAUUCCGGAAACUAACGUACAUGCCUCUCUUGGUUGUUGUGGUUCUUGCCAUCCCAGCUCCAGUUGUUGCUGAGAACAUGAAGGCCUAAUUUCAUUUAGGCCCUCUAUUUACUUCCGCCUCCUUCAUUAAAAGUUCUAGCAAUCCACAUACAUAGGUGUCAUAGGAUCAAGAAAAUAGAAAAGCUAAAAGUAUGCACAAUGUUGCAACUGCAACAAGCUUGCCAACAUUAUGGAGAUUUAUAGUAGCUGAUCUAGUCAAGCAUUGAACAAUAUCUAAAUAUCUUGACCAUUUUAGUGUAUAUAUGUAGGUUGUGAGGUUUAUAUAUAUUUUUGCCUCACAUUACUUAGUCUAUUGUGGAACCAUUUCUUUCCUUUUUCAAGUUAGGACAGGAAAAGGUUGUAAUAUUAGCCAAGCAUUGAAC